AUGUCCGACUCGCAAGGACUCCAAAGCAUGGAUGACCCUUCACUAGUUCCCGAUCUAUCACAUCUCUCUGCUGAAGAGAGAGAAAUUAUUGAGCAAGUAUUCAAACGGCAAAAGGAUGAGGAAGCGAAGGAAGUCCAGCUUACGCAGAAAGCGGAUGCCGAGUUGGACCAGAUCGAAAAACAAAUAAAUGAAAGAAAAGAAAUUGCUCGAAAGCUCGUUGGGACACACGACGAUGCUAUUUGUCAAAUUUGCCAGCGAACAAAGUUUGCCGAUGGUAUAGGUCACAAAUGUUUUUAUUGCCAGCUGCGAAGCUGUGCUCGAUGUGGUGGGCGCUCUCAGAGCAAGAACAAGGCAAUAUGGGCAUGCUCAUUAUGUCAGAAACGUCAGCAAAUUCUUGCUAAAACCGGGAAAUGGUUCCAGCCGGAUGAAGCUCAGCACAAGACAAGUAACGCUGGUCGCGAAAGUCCGUCACAGAGUAUGAGCUCUCAUCCAUCGUCACCUCAUCCAUCGCAGCCGGCCAGUGCAGCCGCUGCAGCACAUCCAUUGCCACAUCCUGAAACUGCGGACACGAGUAGAGCAAACAACAAGGCUGCUAUGCCUCAAAAGCAAGCUCCUCCUCCUAUGUUCCCUAUGGGACCAGCUCCUAAACAACAACAGCCACAAGCGCAGGAAAUGCCUACAAAUGGUCAACCAUCAAUGAAAGCAGAAGAGAGGCACGAGAACAUUCGUCGGCAAAACACUUUGCAAAGGCAACCAAGUCUUUCAGAGGAGCAACGGCGACAGCAUGGAAAUGGCGGAUCGGCGCAGAUGCAGAACGUGUCCUCCCGACAAGAUGUGAACCGAGUGGAGCCGCUUGUACAACAGAGACCGAACAUGUUGGAAAAGCAGAACGAAGCUUUGAAUGUCAUGCAAGGACAGGACAAGCGGAUUUCCUCAAGUGCUCGCGCUCGGGACGAGAAACGGCAUAAAGAGAAUCGCCCCAUAUUCUAUACGGAGCCUGAAAACCGUUUUGACGAAACGAACAGAGGCGACCUCCGGGAUGACCUAGUUCCGUCUAAGGCAACCACUAAGGAUGAACGGAGGUUACCCGUGCCUGACUACGAGCCAAUGCAAACGACUUCUGGCCAUAGAGACAAACUUCCGACGUCGUUGUCGGCUCGAGAGGACGAUACUCGCCGCGGGUCGUGGAGAGGGCCAAAGCAAGCCGAAUCUCAGUCAUCUCACAUGUCAGGGGGAGUGCAACGCUCUAGGAAGAAUCGGCUACAUAGGCAAACCCAUUCGAUGUCAUCGUCUGAAGAAGACUUGCCAUCCACCCUAUCCUACGACGAAGACACCCAACGAACGCCGGGUGAAUGCGUCUCUGAAAAGGAUCUGCUACGGUACAUCUACGGUUCGGAGAAGAUGAAGAACAGUCGUAAAAGUGGAUUUCUCCAGUUACGACAUUCAGCGGACGAGUUUCGACCUGCACCGCGUGAACCAUCUGCUACACUCGUCCCUGGAGAUCUGCUCGCUGCUAAAAUUCGCACUUAUCUCUCUCAUCCUGUAACGUGGCAGCCAUCUGCAGAUCAACGUAGACUAAUCGGACACAUGGUCCUAACUAAAACAGACAACUCAAGAUCUGGAGAUCUUGGGCUCAAGGUGGUAGGUGGACGUCGCACUGAUACUGGUCGCUUAGGAGCUUUCAUCACACGGGUCAAACCAGGAAGCGUGGCGGACACAAUAGGAAGACUUAGAGCUGGAGACGAAGUCCUCGAAUGGAAUGGGCAGGCUCUCCAGAAUGCAACCUUUGAUCAAGUAUACGAGAUCAUUUCGGCCAGCAAGCAAGAGUCGCACGUAGAAAUUAUUGUCAGCAGAUCGGCGAGCAUACCGGGUGGAGAUGACUUCUUGAAUAUACAAACACAGCCUAGGCAACUUCCGAGUCUUCAGUAUUUAUUAUGCGAAGAAAAUGAAGCCUACGCUUCUCCGUCUGCUUCUCCCCUCUUCCCGCUGCCAACGCUCUCGCAUUCACAAUCGGCUACCCUUGCUCUUCGUCCUCAAAUGAGUCCUCGAUAUCGCACAAGUAUACCCACUGACCAGUACGAGACUAUGCGAAGAGUACCAACUUUCAAGGGACAAAGUUUCAGCCGUGGGCAGAUUUUUGGCAGAAUCGAGAUUUCCCUGUAUUUCUCGCACAUCGAGCGGCAGCUGACAGUGUGCAUAGAGCGAGUAGCCGACCUCCCCCCUCGUUCUGAUGGGACCCCGAGAAAUCCUUAUGUGAAAGUGUUUCUUCUGCCGGACAGAAGUGAGAAGUCCAGACGUCAAACGUCCGUCUUGGCCGAAGCAAUCCGACCUGUCUGGAACGAGUCGUUCUACUAUCAGGGAAUUACCGAGCCCAUGCUCAUGGAACGAGUGUUGGAGGUUACGGUAUGGGACUACGACAAGUUUGAGGCGAAUUCCUUCCUUGGUGAAACGCUUGUGGAUUUCUCCACUGCGGCCUUGGAUGGGCAAACUGUUACAUUGCCACUUGUAGAUAUGGAUGAAGAGAACCCUUUGAGGCUUAGGCUCAGAAGUCGAAAAGGCAAACAAUACUCAGCGUAUCAAAGACCGCGAAGUGAGAUGAGUUUUCCUUACAAUGACAGAACGCCAGGUGGUAGUGGUGAUCCAUACAUUGAUCCUCGCACUCUUCCUCCUGAAGGACCGAUGCGACGAUCAAAGACGUAUGACAAACCAGAUCUGUCCCAUUGCAGGAGUACCUCACCCAGAAUGGAUGAGGACUGGUACAUGCAACCACAUUCCGGGUAUCUUUCCGACCAUUGCUACUAUCCCAACACAAGUCAAAGAAUUAGGCAACGUCGUCCGAGAAGCGCCACUGCUAUGAGGCCGAUGGCACCUGCUGAGAUGGGCGCUUCAAGGGCUUAUUAUAGUAAUCUACCAGAACCGUUGUGGAAUGAUGUGGACAUUGCUCAAGAAGGAAGGACUAUACCACAAGGAAUGUUAACAUAUGGAAUGUCCGAUAUGCGUUCAAUAAACGGUCAAACAACAGCUGAAAUGCAGGAGCAGGAUCCGCAACAAGGAUAUGGGUCGGAUGGGAGCGAAACCAUGAGCACUCAUUCGGCACAUUCGAUUCCUGCAGUCAGGACCAUAAAUCGUCGGCCUGCGUCAGAGAGCGAAGUGAACGACAUACAGGAGACGUCUGUCGAGGAGUACCAACCAGAGGACGUGCAGUCGACAUCGGGCGGUGCUCCGAAAAUGUCGAUGGCAGGACAGACGAUGAAAGAACGCAAGAAAAGUAUAAUGACACGAUUCAUCCCUGGAAAGUCCGGUGGUACCGAAGGCAAACGUACUGGUUUUCUGCGGUCCGAAGAAGUGGGUAUACCUGGGAACUUGUCCAUCAAUCGCGCACAACAACAGCAGCAGCAGUUUGUGAAGCAAGCGAGCAAGGAAUCCACUGAUUCAGGGUCUGAUAACUGGUUACCUGUCCUCCCCGACGGUCCGCUUGGCACGUUCGUCGAAAAUCUCGGACCAGGGCAAGUGGUCGGGCGGCAGGUGCUCGCAAGUCCGUUGCUGGGAGAGAUUCAAGUUGGAAUAAUGGCCGGACGUUCGGGAAUCGAUGUAGAAAUCAUUAGAGCAAAGAAUCUUGUGAUCAAGCCUGGCGUCAAGAUGAGUCCAGCUCCCUACGUCAAAGUGUACUUGAUGGAAGGGAAAAUGUGUGUGGCGAAGGCAAAGACGAAUCCAGUCAGGAAAACUACUGCUCCACUCUUCCAACAGCACUUGAUAUUUAAUGAUAGUCCGAAGCGAAAGAUGCUGCAGAUCACUGUUCUCGGUGAUUACGGAAGAAUGGAGAGAAAAACAUUUAUGGGUAUUGCCUUGAUUCGGUUAGAUGACCUACGUUUGGGCUCAGAACCGGUGAUCGGAUGGUACAAGCUCUAUCAUAGUUCAUCGUUGGCUGGAACGGGCCCUGUGCGAAAGGACUCGGAAACAUCAUUAGCUGGACCAAACAUGUUACAUUACUAAAGCAUGAAUGGUGUAAUUAGGAAUAUGAUCUCUGUAUCUUUGAUCCUCGCUAAAUGAAAUUUUUCCUUGAGUACAUGUUGGAAAAGAAUAGGAAGACGGAUGGGCACUGAAGCCAACGCACGGAUGAGCCGAGCUCUUUGAGCGCUUUGCAC